UUCCCGCGCUAUGCUUAUGCGUGUUGAUACCAAACUUUUUAGGCGCGCGUUCGAAAUUUAAAAAUGAAAUUUUAAAUACAAUAUAAAAUAUAUCGGUGAAUUAGAACUUUUUUUAAAACAUGUAAUUGGCAGUGAAGUGGUGUAACUCGGUGGCAGUAUGGUGGAUGCCGGUGGUAAUGAGUGUGAUAGCACCAUAAAUGGGAGGAACCAAUUUGUGUUUUUAGUUUUUGUUCAUUUAUUACUCAUUGGACUGAAUGGAACUAAUGCACAAAAUCGAGCUCCACGAAUCAAAGAACAUCCUUCGAAUUCUGUCUCUGGCCGCAGCGAGCCAGCAACGUUAAGAUGUGUGGUAGAAGGUCGACCGAAACCCACAGUGCAGUGGUUCAAGGAUGGAUCUCCUUUGCCCCCAGCUGAAGAUGGGCACAGGGUAUUGUUGGAGGAUGGUCUGCUAUUUUUAAGGGUAAAUCGAGGGAAGAAAGAGAGUGAUGAGGGGAUUUAUUGGUGUGUGGCUCGCAAUAUAGCUGGGGAGGCUGUAAGCCAGAACGCUUCAUUAAAUGUCGCUGUUUUGCGAGAUGACUUUAGAGUUGAGCCAAGAGAUGUUCAAGUGGCUGCUGGAGAACCGGCAUUGCUGGAAUGUGUGCCUCCUCGAGGCGUUCCAGAACCAUCAGUGCAUUGGUCAAAAGAUGGUCAAAAUUAUGACGUUGAAGUUAACGGAAGAGUGACAGUUACGGAAACGGGUAGUUUAAAAAUACUCGAAACCCUACCAAAUGAUAGUGGACUAUUUCGAUGUGUUGCUUCCAACAUUGCUGGGGAGAGGCAAUCGAGAGCGGCCGCGUUAAUUGUUUUGAGGAGACCGCACUUUGUGAUAAAACCCAAUAACGUUACAGCGUUAGUUGGUCAAAACGUUGAAUUCAAUUGUCAGAGUUAUGAUACAAGUGUAAAAAUAACAUGGGUAAAGGAAGAUGGUGUGUUGCCUUCACACGCAACAAUAAUCCGGGGACUAUUACGGUUGGAACAGGUGUCCGCAUCCGAUGCGGGUAUCUAUUCCUGCCGAGCCGAUAGCCAUGCUGGCACAAGUAUAACCAGCGCAUCUCUAACUGUAUAUUCUUUACCGCACUUCACGCAGAUACCGUCCAAUUUGACCGCAUGGGAGGGCGAUGUGGUGUCAAUUCCCUGUGAAGCAAAAGGUCUACCAACACCUACUACUUUUUGGAUUUUAGAAAGUACCGAAGAUUCUCUUCUAUUUCCCGAAUGCACCAGAAGUAAUUCGAGCUUAUUGUAUCUGGAUGGAGCGAAAGUGGAACACGGCGGAAGGGUUAUCUGUAUAGCCGUAAAUGCGGCUGGCAGCGUUAUGCAAGAAGCUUAUCUAAAUGUGUUAAAGAAAACCAAUAAUCCAUUGAAAGUACAUUCCAGUGACAAAAACUUUGGUAAUAAUUACGAUCACGAGGUUCGUAUGACAGAAUACGAGUUUCUUCAGGCGAGGAAGUAUUUGCAACAAAAUGUUUUAGUCCUAAGAAGGGUGGAAACUUUGUCAUCAACUUCGCUAAAAGUUGUAUGGGACGUGUUGACAGAUUAUAAUGAAUAUUUGGAAGGUGUUAAAAUCUGGUAUAAUGGUACAUCUAUGAAUUGGCGUAAUAGUAGUGAGGAAAUUAUACUUUUUAACGCAACACAAAUAGAAUCGUGCUCUAAUGGUUCCCUCACAAUUGUUGAUAACAGUGGUUCAUCGAGCUAUGUUUUAUCUGGGCUGUUAGCAUAUAUGCAGUACGAUAUAUUUCUUAUGCCAUUUUAUAAAAUGCUACUGGGAAAGCCAUCUAAUUCGAUGAUGGGCAAUACUGAUGAAGAUUUGCCAUCUGCUCCACCCCAAAGUGUGACAGCGGGUGUAAUUAACGCAACCUCUGCAUGGAUACGUUGGGAACCACCACCUGCGAGCACAUGGAACGGGGAACUAACGGGAUACCUGAUCGAAAUACGGGUGGGUGGUGGUAGCAACGGUCGCGUUGUGGGGCAGAUGUCUUUGGGUGCACGUACUCGCGCGGCAGCAGCUAGCUCUCUGCGCGCGGGCGGCCGCUACAGCGCGCGCGCUGCCGCUGUCACUCGCAGAGGUCACGGCCCUUUCAGCGCGCCGGCACAAAUACAUAUGAUACCAACGCACUCGCAGAGACAUUAUGUUCAGACUGAACCACCAAAUGAUGGAACUAUUCCGCACUUAUUACAAGAAACAUGGUUGCUGGCGUUGGCCCUAACUUUAUUCUCUGUAAUUGUGAUUGGUAUAGUUAGUAUUUAUUACAUAAAGCGUCGCAAUAAUAUACAGAGAAAAAAGUCAACUGGUCAAUCUAUUGUAACGGCCCAGCAGUGUCUAUUGAAUAAAGACACUAUUUGGCUUAGAGAUCGUCCUGUGUUUGCCCCUCCUGAUUCUGCGUUAGAUGUUAGCGGAUGUCAUCAAAGUCUUUUACAAGGCGGCCAGUCACCUAACAUUUUGAAUAUCGAGCCAGAAUACUGUCUGCCACAGAAUUCAAUCCAAGGUUUGGAUGCUUCGAGUGUAGACAGAAUAAAAAGGGGACCACCGGAACCUUACGCCUCCAGUGCUAUUUACACUGAACUCAAUUUCAAGGACAAUGCCGACAUCGGAGAUGAACGAAGUUGUCCCGAAAGACGAUCACACAACAAUAGCAUAGUAAGAUCGUGCAACGGUAGCAUUCAAUAUUCCAAUGGCGAAUGUUCCACUUGUUGCCAUAGCACUUCCAGUAGAUCUACAAAGGAUUACAGGGAAUUGAGACACGAGAACAUUCAUACUGACUGUAAUACGGUUGAGGAUGAUUGUGCGUCUUGUCACACAAACAGAUCGGGAUCGAGGAGUAGACAGGACAAAAGUAAAGUUUGUCCGACGAGUGAUUUAGAAUAUGACUACCCUCAAUGGCAUUGGUUGGGGAGAGAGAAUAGUUUCAAAAUUCCCAUUCAGUCAGGUAGACAUUCGAAUGUGGCGCGGUCCGAGCAGGGCUGUCAAAUAAAUCUGAAUGACAUACUGCCCCCACCGCCGUAUGAGAGUCCCGAAAACAAGAGUCAGAUUAAAUAAUUAAAUUAAUUUAAAUCAAUUAGUAGCGAUUUAAAAGGAAACGCAAAGCAAUAAUCAAUAUCAUCAAUUCCAUAGGUCUUAGAUCAAGUGAGUUUAACAAUUUUAGAUAAAUGUCUAUCUAUUUAUAAUAGUAUGUUAGUGUUAAAAAAGAUCUUGUAAUAAUCGGCAAUCUUAUGAAGCUAAAGGGUAUUUAGCAAUACUGACGUAUUUAAAUAAAAACAAAUGUUACGUAAUUUCUACAUAAGAUUUACGAGUGUAGUUAAAUCUGUUAGACCUGUAUUGUCAAUGUUAUUAGCAGUUAUAUAUGUGUAGUGUGUAUUUCAAUUUAUAGAAUACUAAAUAAAUUAAGAAUUAAAUGUCUUUGUAUUAAGCAAAUCGACUUUGAUACUCCUCAGUAUUAUAAAGUACAUUUUUGAUAAACAUUCGUGAAAUGUCGUAAAUUAUAUCUGGGGUACCAUUUGGUAAACUAUUUGGUUGCUAAACAUAUUAUGUCAUAGAAAAAACUUUUGUAGUGCUUAAAAUUAUAACGAUUAAAUGAAGUUAAUCAGAAUAUUAGACGAAUAAAAAUAGCACUUGUAAUAUGUAGCUACCAAAAUAGUAAUAACUGUAUAUCGUAAUUUAUUCCUAAUUCUAGUCACAGUAUUUAGACUAGCUUCACAUUUUCAUAUUAUCGUAUAAAUAUUUCUCUUAAUAUUUAAUCAAGUCCAUAUGCUGUUUAAAGACAAGAUUCGUUUUAUCACAUGGGUAUUAUAAUGUAUCCUAACAUACACUGCCAUUUAGAUUUAGUGCUUUAGUUGUAUAAUCUUUGACUGUGAUAUUUAUAUUAAAUUCGUGUAUUAGAAAUUAUUGUAUAAUUGUAUUGUAUAAAGUGUAUCGAGCUCCACUAUUUCAAAAUUUUAACUGUGUAUAAACUGACUUUUUUCUGAUCCCUUUUAAUCAAUCGAUUUGUUUUUUGCAAUCCAAAUAUUUUCA